AAAUUGUCCAGGCUUCUUCCUUCAGUUGGCUCAUCAUCUUAGGAGGACUUGCGGAUGGACGGCUCAGAUCGACCCAACUAGUUGGUUAACGGUUCCACUUCUUUCUCUCUCUAUCUUGAGACCAAAUCUCCAACGGAUCUAACGGCCUGCGCGCACCCUCUCUCAUCCCUCUCAAUCCCCCAUUUUACAUCUUUCGCUUCGCAUUCCUCCUCUUCAUCGUUUCCACCCAAUCUCCUCAUCCAUUAACGAGCUCAAAUGUGACCAUCAACAAAAGAGAUCAAGCAACGGCAUUGAUUAAGAAGUAAUGGAUCAACCAGUUUCGGAUUCGGGACCAGUAAAGGGAGAGUGCAUGGAUCAACCAGUUUCGGAUUCGGGACCAGUAAAGGGAGAGUGCAUGGAUCAACCAGUUUCGGAUUCGGAACCAGUAAAGGGAGAGUGCAUGGAUCAACCAGUUUCGGAUUCGGAACCAGUAAAGGGAGAGUGCAUGGAUCAACCAGUUUCGGAUUCCGGACCAGUAAAGGGAGAGUGCAUGGAUCAACCAGUUUCGGAUUCCGGACUAGUAAAGGGAGAGUGCUUGCCUUUUAGUUGCGACUACUGCGAUCGAGAAUUGGUGCAUAAAAUCGCGCAAGUCUUGCUUCCCGGAUUAGCCACGGCUUGUGUCGACAACACUACCGGCGGCCUUUUCAAGAGCCCGUCUUCCGUGGCCAUCGAUCUGAGGAAGGAAAUGGUGGACUAUCUCACCCAAAGAAGCGAGACUUUCAUCGCCGAAUCUGUUGUCCCACAAGAAGGCGCGCAGGCCCAGACGGAAGAAACUUCUGACGAUCCAGUCGAAAUCAUAUCGGAGUUUCUGGACAACUUUUCGAGCUCAAAGAGAAACUUCUUCAGCCGCGUUUCGAAUUGGUUGCUGAGCGAGAGCCGAGAGGACAAAAUCGACGACUUUGUGCAAGAGAUGGAGAUGGACGAAUUUUGGUCGAUCGACAGGAGGGAAACCGUUUCGGAAGUGCUUCUUAGGAACGUCGACUUGAAGAGCGCUUUCCAUUGCGUGAUGAAAUUCGGCUCGGAACAUGAGCUCGUUGCGCAUAAAAAUGCUUGUUGCUUUAGGCCUAUGGAUUGCCCCAAUGAAGGAUGCCUAGCUAAAUUUUCUGCUGAACACAUGGAGAAGCACGACUCGGCGUGCCCGUUCAAAGUGCUUUCUUGUGAGCAGAACUGCUCACAGAGCCUUAUGAGGCGCGAGAUGGAUAGGCAUUGUAUAACAGUGUGCCCUAUGAGGCUCAUAAACUGUCCUUUUAACCAAGCAGGUUGCGAAUCUACCAUUCCGCAGUGUACUCUUAAAGAGCAUUGCUCGCAAUAUCUCCAAUCGCAUAUUCUUUAUGUUCUCCGAGCAAUUCACAAGCAAGGAGUUUCAGAGGAAGAGCUAAAACGAAAAGCGGAACUCCUCGAGAAGUCUCUGUCUGAAAGCCAAGUAUCUAGAGCAUUGGAUGUGAGAUCUUUGACCUACGCGAUUAAGCAGCAGGAAGCAAAGAUGCAGAAAACGGAAGGUGAAGUCGGUGCUAUUAUUAGCUAGAGAGUGAUGUGAUAUGUUCAUAUUUUCGUAUGCGUAAAUGUGAUAGCGCAAAUAAUUCCGACGAAACGAGCAGAGCUUUCGAUUGUAUUUUGUUAAUUCUUUAUUGACUGUUGAUUAACGAAUAAAGCGACAUGUGCGAUCUCAUUUUGUAAGUAAUUACAAGUCUCUUCUGUUAUCAGUACCAAGAAAUUUUUUUCUCUUUAUAAUGAUAAUAAUAAUAAACAUGCUUGCAAAUGCAAUUCUUAUAAAGUUUUAUCAUCUCUCAUUCUAAUU